AUGGCUUUCCACCCCAUAAGAGGACCAGAAUUGACCAGAACACACAGAGUUGUACGGCUCGCAUUUGUUCGAGAACACAGCAAUCUUUGGACGAUUGGUCUGUUACGGACACGUCCACCACUUCCUGAUACACUCCACGAUGUUGAAAGGUCUCUUCGUGAAAAACGGGCUAACGUCCAGCAAAGAGACAUUUCCAGACUGGUAGAAAGUUUGCUGAGGCGACUUCGAGAUUUAUUUAGAAGCCUCGAACCUGCUCAGAAAGUGCAAUGCAGCGAAGAGCAAUCGCCUUUGGCCAAGAGAGUAGUUUUGUUCGUGUCGGAUGGCAUGGGCGCUCAAUUGAUCUACAGGGAAGCGGCGAGCACCAAUGGUUCAUUCGUCAGGAGCAUCAUGGAGGGAGGCGGAAGUUGGGGCAUUUCAGAAGUAAACGUCCCAACAAUGACUUACACGGGGGUAAACACAAUAAGCACAGGUAGCAUAUACACAUCCAUCAAUCUCUUGAUCUUCAAUAAGUACCGAUUGACUGUGGAUAACGUUUACAACUACACUCACGUGUAUUACGUCGGUGAUUUCACGGCGCUGCACUACCUUUCACACUUUUCGGACAAGUGGCACAUAACGACAUGGAACGGGACUUUCAUCGACAGCGUCAACAAGGACUACAUAAAGUACGACAAAUUCACUUGCGAAAAUAUACGGAUGCUUUUGAUGAACCGGACUCUCGCUGAAGAUCUCAAAAGGGACAAAACAUUUUUUAUUGUUUACAUGUCCGCGGUCGAUUAUUGCGGGCAUCACGUGAGUCCUUUAAAGCCGCAAUGCAUCGAAAUAUUGAAGCAUGUAGACAAGUGCGUGGGAGAGACUGUGAAACUGUUCAACGAGUUUUAUAAAGAUAAUGAGACGAGUUUCUUAUUGACUGCGGAUCACGGAAUGACCGAUUAUGGGAGACAUGGGGGAGGUCAUCCUGACAUGAGACGGACACCGAUACUAGCGUGGGGCGCUGGCAUAAAAUCGCAAGGCGGAGUCGUCAAGGAUUACCCCGAACAAUGGAAGGCCAAGGGGCUUAAAAGUAUCGACAUAAAGCAGAGCGAUCUAGCUUCUUUCAUUUCAGUUCUUCUGGGGAACCCUAUUCCUGACAAUUCCUACGGAGUCAUUCCAAGACAGUUUCUUGCGAAACAGGAUUUGAACUUAGCAAAAGCGUUGUACUGCAAUGGGGUGCAAUUAAAUAACGUCCUGCAAGCUCAAGGAAAUUUGCCAAAGGAAUUGGAUACAGAGCAAAAAAUGAUGGACGAGUUAAAACAACAACUGAAAAAUGAGAUCCGAGCCGGUAACGCGAGUGGUGCGUUUCUGCUUGCUGACAAUUAUAUCAAACGAGUAAAAGAGGAACUGAAUGUCGUGCGGCACUCCUACAGUGGUGUAAUUAAGAAUCUGGCCACGUUGAUGUACACUGGCUGGGGAUUGUGGAAAACUAUUUCGAAUAUGUUAACAAAAUUGUGGUUAUUCGCGUCGGUUCUAAUGAUGCUAUGUGCCGAAUUGUUUAUCUUCAACCAACAUCCUGUUGAACGUUUUGUCCUAGCGGCGACGACGUUUUGGAUAAUAUCGCUGAUAGUGUACGCCAAGAUCACCAAAGACAACAUGUGGGCGAUUACAUACAUCAUACUGUUCGUUUUAGUGGAAUGGAACGUGUCGACAAUUUAUUAUUUCGCUUAUAAUGAAAACAAAAGUUUUCACACGGUCAUAACUUGGGCCAUAUUCCUUCUCGCACCGUUUCUGCACUUACUCUCUUCACACACCGGCUUCAAGAGGUUGUGCCUUUUUUGUUACGGGAUUGGUGCUGUGUUUCUUCUUUUCACGACCAGAACAGAAGGCAUAGGUUUUUUCGGCAUGACGUUCUUCGUUGUAACGUGGUAUGCACUGGAGGUGAAUAAAGCCGGCAAGGACGUCCUGGCUGACAUAGGAGAAAACAAGAAAAGCCUCGACAUGACUAACGACGAUUUGAGAAGGGGUUUUCUGAUGCUCUUGUACACCUGGUGUUGCUAUUUCGCCUCAGGAUUCAGGGAUCAUCCUUCGAACUUUGAGGUCAAAUGGACAGACUACUUCAUGGUUACGUUCGACGAGCAUCCCAUUAUUGUUCUUGUUUUAAUAAAAUUCUUUUUACCGUUCGUCGUCCUCUGCUCUGCGAUGUCCGGGUUGUACAACAUCCUCGAAAAAGACAAAAACAAAUUCGUGGAAUGGUACCUGUUUUUAAACAACAUUGUCAGCUUGUUUUUCUUCCAUCUUACAAAAGAAUACAACGAACACAAUUAUGAAGGAGUCGGUUUCAGUCUAGCCCGCCACAUCCUUUCUGCAGUGUUCCCGAUAUUUGUUGUCGUCUUACUACCGGUAACAAACAUGCUGCUCAAAGCCAGGAUAAGCUUCGAUCCUAAGAGAUACCUCCAAAACCAAAUUGAGGAGAGAAGAAAGAGAAAAAGGGUGAGGAAGGGGGAAAGAGAAAGAGAGAGAAAGAAAUAUAAGGAACGAGAAAGCGAGAGGGAUAAAAAGAAAGAGCGAGAU